ACUUUGAGCCAUCCCAAAAAAGUCGCAAGGUUGCUGCAUCCAAGAAGUCAUCGUCAGCAGCAGGUACCUCUGAGAAAACGGGGUCUUGGGCGUCCCAAGAAAGAAGCCAAAGCAGGGUUGGCAACCACUGCGAAGCCAGAGGACACCUUUCUGGCUACUAUUCCGAAAGAACUGAAAGGGUUUGAUGGUGUUGCUCAUCUGGCAAAAGAUGAGUGUAAGAACUGCAGGGUCUACAUUGGCAAAUGUGUCCUGAAGCCUUGUGGCCAUGCACUGUACUGCAAGAAAUGUGUAAAUGAGCUCCGCCAGGAUAGUAUACAAAUGAAGAGGCCAUCCAAGUGCUACAUGAAUGGAUGCUACUCCAUAGUCACUGAUUGGAUGACUCUUAUAAAUGUAAGCGCUUAGGUGAAUUUUCUACUGGUUGAAGUCUUUAUUUCCUCGUACAACCUCGUAUCUAAGUAAUACUUUUCUAUGAGUGACAGAUUUGUAUUAGUGUAAAGAGACGUUAUACGUUCAAAAUGAACAUCAUUAUGAUGAUGUAAUCAAAAAAGAGUGCUGCUUCAGUUGUUAUUUUUGACACUAGGGUACUAAGUUUGUAUCUGUUUUGUUUUGUUUGGUUACAUUUUUUUAUUUGCUUUGAAAUGUUCAUCUCAAGAUAACUUUAAUCAUUUCAGAAACAUUGUAUUGAAUGGAAGUUUGUAAACUGACAUGAACAAACCACUCUAGAUACAAGUGCUUAAAAAAAAGUGUGUGAAAUUUACAGGCAUCUUACAUACUGUAACUUCUUUGUCAACAAAUUAAAGUAAUGAUCAUGAA